AAUUUUAACCUUUGUUGUCAAAAUCCUCUGAACAUCCCUUGGUGUUAUUCGUGUUCAUAUGGAAUUCCAGAAACCGGCCGCCACUUCGCCGUACCAACCACCGCAAGUUAGCUCCGACCCGCCGUUUGUCGUCUACUGAAAAGGGAGAAUGGCCAACACCCAAACCCCUGGAGAGGGAGCUGUGCCAGUAACAGUCUCGGAAGCUGGAGCGGUAGGUGGGAGUGGGGUGAGGGCGAACAACAGACCUGGUUUGGCUGCGGAGAGCGUGAUGAUAGAUGGGACCUUGUUCAAUCUCAACGAUGAUGUUGGGCCGAUCAAGAUGGUGAGCGCCUUCAUUAUCAAAAAUGGAAACCUGAGCGACUCUAAGUCUCUCCUUGUGAAGGCCAGCAUCCCGGAGAUCUGGCACUGGAGGCCUAUCGCUAACCUGCCGCCCGAACAUGCACUGGAGUACGUGCCGAUGUUCAUACGCAUAGCCAGAGCUGGGCUGAUGCAGAGCAAGCCAGUGGCCUGGACUAAUGACCAACUGAGAAAGAUGGCAAUCAUCGUCGGUGUGGCGCGUGCUGUUUCAACAAAGAUGUAUGAUUUGACUGAGCCCGAUUUCAUCCCAGAGGAGAUGAAGAACUCCUAUGUCAGUGCGACAUUUGAUGGGGAACGCUUAACGGGAUUUACUAUUGCAGAGGAUGUGCCAGCCACCUAUAGACAAUACCUCACUGCUGUGCUCGACCUCACAGACACAGAGAGGGCAGUCGUAGCCACUCUCCAUAUGUGUUCGAUCGGGAUCAUUCCAGUCCAAGGCUACUCACUUAUUAUGACAGGUCACCACUACCUGAAUGACCCCAAUAGCCAGUCAAGGAAGGCAUAUGCUGUGAUGGAGAGGGCGUACUGGUCGGCUACGGGGGUUACUGAGUGGUUUCAGAACGACAUCACAAUGAUCCAGGAUGCUUUAUGGCACAAGAGCUGCCACCCUGUCAACUUGACCAUCAAGUAUACGACUGCAUAUAAUGAGAACACCGCACAGAUGCUAGUGAAUGCAAACGCCGGCCCAGCUGCCUCUAGGCUCCCCGCCCUGGAACCCGAGAUGCGCGCUGCCAAUAGCUACAAGACCCUACUCCAAACUGUGCGCCCAAUGUAUGAGAUGUGUGGUGCCACCACUGACUUUGUGACUCUGGAGGAAGCGAUCACUAUGGUUAAGCUCUACCCCUUUGGGGCGUCCACUGACAACCUGGUGCAGCCUCGUGCUAGGCACCCGACCAUCCCUCCAUGGGUCAACAACCGCUACCUUGCCAUACAGCAUCUCAAGAACAUACUCGAAGCGAAUGUUGACAUCGUUGCGAACGCCUAUGGGUUCUACUGCCAGAUGGUCGAGCAGGCAACCAGCCUCGUGAGCGGUGGGGCAUCUGACACCUUGAAGACGUCUUUCUCCCUCUCUCUAAGCUCAAGUCCCAGAGUACUGCAGCCUUCAUAGAUGGACAGCAGGCCUAUGGGCACUACGCUAUGUUGUGCCAGAGGGACAGGAUGGAAGGUAAGUGCCGGGUUGCGAACCUCACUAUCUUUGGCGGUGCCGCAGAGAACUAGUUGCAGAUCCCUUUCUUGAUAACAGUCUAGUAGUAGUAGUAGUACUUCCUCUUAUUUUGCUUGUCUUGCACAGAUAUGCCCAAGAAUCUACGGGCCUAGGUUUAUAGCCAGUUUCACCCCGCCAUCUUCGGAUCUGAGCAUCUCACUCCGACAGAGUCUGAUGACCAGCCCCGCAGAUGGCAUUUUGCAGUCCUUGUUGACCUACGCAGGGUACUAUACAUCAGCCCCACGUUGCUGUGCUGGAUUUUCUCUACGUGGCCAGGAAUCCAUUUUCUCAUUGUUUCUUGUUAUUUCCUUUUGCAAGUUACUUGUACACAAUGAAAGGAAGCCUUUAUGAAGAAAGGGCGAAGGCGUUUGCAAGUUACUUGUACAACAAUGAAAGGAAGCUUGUAAAAGUGGAACAUGGAGGCGAUCAUGGUUACUCCCUUUUCCAAGGACUUGAUGAGAUAGCUUGCCUCUGGUUUGAUCUGCUUGCACCCCACAACUCCAAGUUCCCCGGAUAUGAGCUCCAAGUUAAAUAUGAUUUCUUAAUCAACCAACUGCUGUAAGCCAGUAAUGUGAAGAUUAUGAUUAGUAUCUUUAACGAUAUGAUUAGUAUCUUUAAUUACUUAAGCUUAUGUGAGUGAGUUGGGUAAAUACGAACCUGUACGCUAUAUAAGUGAAAUAUGCAUUAUAGCGUCUAAAGUGA